AUGGCGACGGUGCUUUUGGCAGUCUGGGCCCUGAGGUUCCUCCCAGUCUCGGGAGACCAGGGGGCUGAAGAGUGCCUCUUGCAGAUCCAUGGCUUAACCAGAUCCGGGCAAGGUGCCCUGGACCCCACAAGUCCAUCGGGUCCAUCACCGCCCCCAUCGCUCUCUUCUCCCCCAUCGCCUUUCGAGGUGAUGCAGAAGCCGUGGACAGAAAAGGGCAUUCAUUUCCCGCAGUGCCCUGCUCGGGAGCAAGGCCCUCCCGGCUCGCCCCAAACCCAGGCCCAUCCCUGGAAGCCGGUGCUGCUUGCGGAGCCCCAAAUGCCGCUGCCUCCUAAGAAACCCAAGUGUCCACCGGGCUCCAUGCUCAUUGGCGACUUCGAUGCGGCCUCCUACUCCUACACUUGCUGCGAUGCAGGCCAACAGUGCGGAGGCUGCUCUUCCGUGAUCGAUGGGAAGUGCUCCCGGUGUGCCGCAGGCUAUGUGAAGCAAACCAUUCCGAUCGUCAACAAAACCAAAUGCUUUCUUUGUGAUGACGUGGCGGGCUGGAAAGAUGCAGCGGGGCGCAGUUGCGAGGACUACGCAAGCGUGUGCAAUGGCAGCUGGCCGGAACCGUCGCUCGAUGUGGCAUUUGGAAAGCUCCGGCCCAGUGAGGCCUGCUGUGCUUGUGGCGGCGGGAGCCUUUAUCCCACUCCGGUAGAUCUGCCACUGUCCUCGGCCGUCCUUUUCAACGCUCAGAAGGUGGACUCCUCCCCUGAGCCUUUCACGGCCGAGACCACGGAGGUCGACCAGGGCUGCUCCCUCGCCGCCGCGGGCUUGGAGCUGUCCACCACUGGCCGCAUCAACGGGACCGUGGGCUCAGGGACGCAGGCCCUCCAGUGCGGUAUCACUUUUAUCCAAGAUCCCAUUCGGGGUAUCUCCUUCCCGGUUUCCCUGGACGUGACGGUCUCUGAGUUCUCCUACGGGAGCCCUGUGCUCAUGUUCCAGGCCUGGGGCCUGGAUGACAUCGAGGCGGCAGAGGCCACGAAGAGCGCGAGGCAUGGCGCGACGGCUAAACUGAGUGAUUUCGAGCUAGAGUGCGAUCCUGUCUGCUCCUGGUUGUCUAUCGAUGCCCAGACGGGCGAGGUGAAAUCCGGCCGGAACGUGUGGACACAGCAGGGCCUCCCGCCCGACAUGUGGGGCGCAGUGCAGGGCUUCCCUGCAGUUCCUGGCUGCAGCUGCAGCGCCUCCGCGGCUAACGGCCGCAACCGCAGUCUGAGCCGCUUCGUCGCCCUGCAGACCCGGUUCUGGAAGGCAGGCGGCUACGAGCGCGACGUGCCCGAGGCCCAGGUGGGCAGCCCCAUUGUCCCCGUGCAGCUGCGCGAGGUCUUGGGUCCGGGCCUCCGAUGGUACGAGCGGCCGGGGCACCAGCUGAGCGCCCCCGUGAUCCAAGACGACCAGGGCCAGUCCUUUGUGGUGCCCGCGGCCGUGGUCCCCAGCAUCCUGGAUGUCCAGUGCACCGCGCCCGGACUUAAACUCACCUGGUCUCGGAUCACUGGUGACGUCUCUUUUGCGGGCGAGGUGGCCUUCAACCUGGAUCCGGAGAGCGGCUCCGUCUCCGGGACGCCAAGCCUCAGCCUGAUGCAGCAGGCGGGGCGUGCGCGCCUCAGCGUGCGCUGCCUCGUGGCUCUCGGAGGUCCCCUGUAUGAUCGUGUCCUCCCGGUGGCCACCAUCAACAUUCAGCUCAUGGACAAUGUGUGCUGGGUCCCGGGGCACCUGCCUUGCCAGCUCCACUGGCACAAGUUCAACUGCGACCAGCUUACCGCUAGUGCCCUACAGCAGUCCAUGGGCUCGGAAGUUGCCUCACACCGCCACAGACGUCGCCACGAGCACAGACGCCGACACGAGCACCCCAAGCAUCCUUGCAACAACAGCCACGCCUAUCACGCCUGCUUGCAGCAGUGCCGCGAAACACCAAGCUGCAGUGCGGUCUAUGUGGCCGACGAUGAAUGCUGGGUGCAAGCCAGCGACGGCAAGCACGUGGAACAUAAAGACGACAAGGAGGGCCGGCUGCUGAUUCGCGUGGACAAUUGUUCCCAGAAAACAGCCGAUCUGCUGCUCGAAGCGCCUCGGGCCCAGCUCGUCGCCGGCAUUUACAGCCCCAGCGACGACUACCACAAUUCCGUCUCCUACUCCCGCGCCGGGGUUGUGCCAGAACGCCAGCUGGUUCUUGCUCCUGCCAAGGACGUGCACCGUUCUCUGCCGAGACAUUGUGAGGGCUCUUCCUGGCUGUUGGUCCACGCGAACAGUUCCGACUUCACAUCAAGCGCCACUUCACCGCAGUACUACGGCGAGGUCAUGGCUUGCAUUCAAGGAGACGUGGUGAAUGAAACCUUCGACAAGGGCGUUGCCAAUUUCAGCCUCGAGUUCCUGGACGCCGUGGUUGAUGACCCCAUGCAGUUCGAGCGGCCUGCAGCCAAGCAGAAGGCCAAUCUUUCUAUCUCCGCUCCCCCAUGCUCCAAGCCACAGAGCCCCUCGGAGCUCUUGUAUGGCAGCGUCCAGGCGCCGCAACUGUACUCCCUCUCGGCAUGCGAGUGCUUUGGGGAAGCCUAUGCCAGCACGGACCCGGUCGAUCCGGAUUCCAAUGCAGCCGUCCCACGAAACGGAGACCGAGCCUUCAACGUGAACCCGCUCAAGGAUCAGCUGAUCUUCACCGGGCCCUACACCUGUGAGAUCAAUGCGAUGCUGUCGACGAUCCAGGGCUUUGAGCUCGAUGAGUGCAAGCAGGCCUGCCACGAGCAGGAUGGCCAGUGCCGGUUCUACCUUCUCGACCAGGCAUCGCAGGUUUGCACCCUCUUCUCCGCUUGCGACGCCAUACAGUACGUCGGCUUGGGCCUGUCGAACGAGCUGUGGGGAUUGGCUGGCGUUGGCGAGCAUGCUCAAGACUACUGCCGCAUCGCGGACCCGCAGGGCUGCUGGGAGGACGUCCUUCGCCGGCGCUAUUUGAGCCCGGAACCCUCGGACUUGCCGCGCUGCGCCUUCCAGGCUCAGUUCGAGGCCUGCGACGCACUCCAGCUGAUGUUAGGCGAAGCAUUUGGCACCUGCACCAGGCCGGAGACGGGGGAUCGGGGAGAGAUGUUCGAACUGCUUGGUGAUGCCGUUGCGCCACACGUCAGGUGCGAGUAUCUGCCUGCAGAUCUACCGGAAGUGAAGACAUCCAUGGAGAAGGUCCCGCUACCGGAGGAGUUUCCGGCAGGCUCCCAGAUUCAGGUUAGCUGCAACGCCACGUCCCGUAUGUUUGCUGGCGUGCUGGGCCCACGCCCGAGCACGGUUUUCACUUGUGUGGGUGGCGACUGGGUUGGCGAGGAGGGCUGGCAGGACCUAGAGAACCUGACGUGCCAGCAGUGCGUGCAGGUCGGGACGGAGAGUCUCCAGAGGCUGACAAACGUCUCGCAGGCCGCCGCAUAUCUGAUUGCGCAGAGGCGCAUCCAGGCCACAUACGAUUUCAGCACACCCGGCUGUGAGUCGGCGUCGCUCCCGACGGCCGCCAAACUCGUCUCCAUGGCGACAGGCCGGGCGCUGGAGGUGAAGAAGGACAGGGUGUCAGGGGGGGACUUGUUGUUACACGGUGCAGUUACAUUUGGCUGCCAUUGUGAUCUGCAGGACCGCAGCAUAAGCUCCGCCGUCACCAGCGAUGCGCACACACUCUGGUGGAUUGAUGCCGAGACAGGCUUCCUCCGACUGAAGUCGCCCGUGCUCACCGGAGGCGGCAGCCGCCGCCGCAAAGGUGGCGAUGAUGAUAAGGGCGGCCGCCGCCGCCGCAAAGGUGGCGAUGAUGAUAAGGGCGGCCGCCGUCGCAAAGGUGGCGAUGAUGAUAAGGGCGGCCGCCGCCGCAAAGGUGGCGAUGAUGAUAAGGGCGGCCGCCGCCGCAGGGGAAGCAAAGACGUCGUCAGCUGGUGCCUUUGCUUCAAGCACGCCCUUGAGGCCUGCAAGUGCGAGCAUGGAAACGGCUGGAGUUUGGACAGAAUGGGUCGGCUGAGCAACCAGAAGUCGCAGUGUGUCUUCGACCAGAACCACACGCUGCAGGUAGGCAUUUGCCAUGAGGAUCCGCAGACCGGGCUCCACUGGUUCUUUGAGGGCGGCAACUGCAUGCUGCACAUGGCGAUGGUGGACACAGCCGAGCUUACAUGGAACAUCUCUGUGGAGGCUUCAGGAUCCUCUUGGCUUCUGGCAGAGGUUAUCGAACAGACGACUGGCGGCGCUUUCAGCAUUCGCAAUCGCAUGUUUCCGGAGUAUUCAGUGUCCGUCUCGCCCGGUGGAUCACUACUGGCGGAGUACAAGGAAGAUUUCCCAUGGCAGAGCCGAGACGGAAAGAUUUUCUGCAAUCAUCUUGGGUCUGACGACAGAUACCUCCUCGGGUUCAAGAAUGGAAGCCUCGGCUUGGGAAAUGCCAUGCAGGCGGAUGGAACCGCUGGACAGUGGACCUGCAGCAAGGAGAAUGCCUUAACCAAGACCGGGCCUUCUGACUUCAGCUGCAUUCACGCCGGCGUCACGGUGCGAAACACCCAGGAAUACAUUCCGAGUAUACUUUCCCACUUGCUCAAUCCGUGGAAUCACAACAGUUGGUUCCCAGCGAAAUUUGAGCUGGACUGCCCGAACGGAUUCAUUCGAGGAUGGACCGCCAAGACGGUAAAUGGUGCCCCAGUGACCUUUCCCGGCUUCCAUUUGCAAUGCAUGAACUUGACCACAGCAACGAUCGAGUGCCAGACCGAGUACCAAAGUUUCGAUUUUCUCAGCCUGGGUGAUAAAACUUUCAAGCCGCUGGUGGACUGGACAUACAACGACAGCAGGUCAGUGAAUUUCAGUUGCGCAAGGCCCACGGCUGCAAUGUCGAGCUUCUUCUUUGCCAUGAGCGAGACAAAUCCUGAUCGUAGUAUUGAUCCUGUAGUAGCUGAGUUCACUUGGGACGUGCAUUACAAGUGCUGCGAGGCUCCAGAAGGAUACGUCAUUGGCAAAGCUGAUUCCAUCCACAGCGAUGGAUUGUGGUUUACAGAGGGUGGGAAGGUGAAUGUGGGACCCUGUCCUGACGGGUAUGUCCUGCAGAAAAUCGAAUUGAUCAAGGGGGUGAAGACGACUUGCAGUCCCAUUCAUGGGUCAGGCGUGGGGAACCCACGGUUCACGCCGCGGUCUGCUGGCUACCCAUACUACGUUCCAAGCCUCGUGCCUCUGGAGCACAGCGGAGUUUGUUCCGAGUCCACGCAAUGGACGUGCCAGGAGCAUGACGUUCUUGGCAUACCAUUGGGCACUUGCAAGGCGGAGGUUUUUGUCCAGUCUCCCUUCCACGUGGAGUUCGUGCCAAGAGAAGGGGCUUGUGUGUCGGCAGUGGGUGGAAGCCAACCCACUCGCGCUGUCAAGGUCCAUGACAACGUGAGAUGGCGCUGCGCGAGUGACGAGGCCUGCUUCGCCUUUCAGAGCACUGGCUCUGACAGUGGUGCCGGAUCUCUCUUCAUGGAGGUGGUGAAGGCAUCAGGAGGUGAUGGCGAGUGCUCCGUCAAAGUGGUGAGCCCCUGGUCGGCGGAAGCGGAGUCUGUGCCGCUGACCCUCGCAGUCCUGGACGAAAAGCACCUCCCUCGGGCGACGCAGCAGGCCUACAAUGCCACGAAGGUCAUCGAGUUCAGGACAAGCAACGAGGCCGACGCCCACGUGCUCUUCAGCUGCAUGCCCAACGGAAUCUCCAGCGAUGCGCCGGUCGCGUGGCCGCCUUACAUCCGCUGUGGAAGUGCCACCAUGAGACUGAGCGACCUCAAGGAUGCGGUCGGAGUGUAUGACAGCAUGAAGAAGAACCCAUCUUUUUUGACUCCCUCCAUCCGGAAGACCUGCGCCUCCAUUGUGCAAGCUCGAAGCUCGAACGCAGGCGAUGCCAGCAUGACGGGCAUGAAGCUCUUAACACUCCUCCAGAGGCAGAAGUACUUCAGCACCAGCAUGGGAAACCCACAGCUGCCUCCUUUCAACCAGUCAGGACACGCAUACCCCUGGCUGCUCGGGCACGGCAGCCUGACACGGCUUGGCAAGGUCAUGUGGGGGCUCAACUGCCCGGAGGGUGCCAUCGUGACGAGCAGCCCCACCACGCAGCCGCACUGCCUGCAGGUAGGGGCAGGCGCGGAGAACUGGUUGGAGGUGCUUUCCGGCUCGGCCGUGUGCCCUCCAGGCAGCGCCGUCUCCGGCUGGUACAACCUCCCCGGGGAGCCAGUGCAGGGCAAUGGCGCCGGCGGUCCCGCGCAUUUUGUGGGAAUGCGGCUCUUCUGCCGCAAGACGAAUCUGCUUUCCAGCUGCCAGCAGCUGAUGAACCCUUCCUGUCAAAAAGGGGAGGUUCUCGCUGGCAUCGGCUACAGCAGCAACAGCAUGAGGGUGAAGUGCUGCAAGCUCCAGCAGCGAGUCGGCCUGCGCCUGAUGCCCCAAGGCACGAAGGAAGCACGGAAGGAUUUCCAAGGCUACUACUGCCCGACCGGCAUCGACAGCACCGGCGCGCCCUUCUACACCAGGCGCCGUGCUCAGCACUCGGGAACCCCUCGUAUGCGGACGUGA